CAUCCUUCAUCUCUCCAUAGGGGUUUUGGUCCUCUCUUUCUCUUAAAAUUUUUGUUGUUUUUGUCGUCUUUCCAGACAAAAAUUAGACUUGCCUUGAGGCCAUUUUAGAGCGUUUUCUGCGUUUUUUUCAGACGCAGUUUCGUGGGCCCCGCUUCUCGAGAUACCCUAAUAGAACGCCCUUCUCCUCCUCCUCCACCCCACCACCCCUUUCCUCCGACCUUACGAUUUCGUCUUUCGGCGCUUUUACGAUCCAAAAUGCCUGCUGUUGAUGUCUCCUCCGUUCCUGCUGUCUCCAGCAAGGAGACGGCUCAGUCUGUCGCUGUCCUUGAGGACCUCCUCAAGAACCUCAGCGUCUCUUCCACCCAGGAUGAGGUCAACGCUGCCACCGACAACCUGGCUCACCUCCUGAGCGGCCCUAUCCCUGAGCAGACUCUGCCUCUCAAGGCCGUCGAGGCUCUGCAGAAGCAGCUCGCCAACAAGAAGGAUGCCAACGCUCGUGAGCGUGCCUGCGAGGCCAUCCGUGCUAUUGCUUCCCAUGCCACAAUCGCCCCCGGUGUCGAGCCCCACCUCGUCACUCUCCUCAGCUCCGUCCUCGCUGCCGUCGGCGACAAGAUGGUUCCCGUCAAGAACGCUGCCCAGGCUGCUGCCCUUGCUAUCGUCCAGGGUAUCAACGGCAACGCCGUCAAGGCCGUUCUCCCCCCCAUCCUCGAGUCCCUCCAGAACGCCCAGAAGUGGCAGGAGAAGAUGGCCGCUCUGGAGUGCAUCAACGCUCUGGUCGAGUCCUCUUCUGCUCAGCUGUCUUUCCGUGUCCCUGACCUGAUCCCCGUUGUCUCCGAGGCCAUGUGGGACACCAAGGGCGAGAUCAAGAAGGCUGCCUACAGCACCAUGGAGAAGGUCUGCGGUCUGAUCGUCAACAAGGAUAUCGAGCGUUUCAUUCCCGAGCUUAUCAAGUGUAUCGCCAAGCCUGAGAACGUCCCCGAGACCGUUCACUUGCUCGGUGCCACCACUUUCGUUUCCGAUGUCACCGGACCUACUCUCGCUAUCAUGGUCCCCCUGCUUGACCGUGGUCUGGUCGAGCGUGAGACCGCCAUCAAGCGUAAGUCCGCUGUCAUUGUCGACAACAUGUGUAAGCUUGUGGAGGACCCCCAGAUUGUCGCUCCCUUCUUGCCCAAGUUGAUGCCCCGUAUCGAGAAGAACUUCGAGACUCUGGCCGACCCUGAGGCUCGUGGCAAGACCCAGCAGGCUCUGGAGACUCUCUGCCGUGUUGGUGAUGUCAAGGACGGCAAGAUCCCCGAGAUCUCCACCGCUGGUGACAUCGCUACCGUUUCCGCUAUCCUCAAGGAGCUCCUUGCCCCCAAGUUCAAGGCCGAGGCUGAGAAGGCCGAGGCUGUCAUCACCUACGUUGCUGCCAUCUCCGGUCAGCUCGUUGACGAGAAGGACGCCGACGUCACCAGCUGGACCCAGAACGCCCUCCCCUACAUCACUGCUAUCGUUGGCGAGGAGGCUGCUAAGCCCGUCGUUGAGGACCUCCGCAAGCGCGCCUCUCCCCUUGCCGCCGAGGCCGACGCCGUCCUCUCCGACGAGGAGGAGGGUGAGGACCUGUGCAACUGCACCUUCUCCCUGGCCUACGGUGCCAAGAUCCUGCUGAACCAGACCGGUCUCCGCCUGAAGCGUGGCCAGCGUUACGGUCUCCUGGGCCCUAACGGUACCGGAAAGACCACCCUCAUGCGUGCCAUCAACAACGAGCAGCUCGAGGGUUUCCCCAAGAAGAGCGAGGUCAAGACUGUCUACGUCGAGCACGACCUGGACGCUGCCGACACUGAGCAGACCGUCAUCGGCUGGACCAUGAAGAAGCUUGCCGAGGUCGGUCUGGACCUCAAGCAGGCCGACGUCGAGGCCAAGCUCGAGGAGUUCGGUUUCCUCCGCGAGCAGUUCGAGGGUCUCAUCACCUCCCUGUCCGGUGGUUGGAAGAUGAAGCUGGCCCUUGCCCGUGCCGUCUUCGAGGCUCCCGAUAUUCUGCUGCUUGACGAGCCCACCAACCACUUGGACGUCAAGAACGUUGCCUGGUUGGAGAACUACCUGUGCACCUCCCCCUGCACUUCCAUUAUCGUCUCCCACGACAGCAAGUUCUUGGAUAACGUCAUCCAGCACGUCGUCCACUACGAGCGCUUCAAGCUCAAGCGUUACCGUGGUAACCUGAGCGAGUUCGUCAAGCGUGUCCCCUCCGCUCGCUCCUACUACGAGCUUGGUGCCUCUGAGAUUGAGUUCAAGUUCCCCGAGCCCGGUUUCCUCGAGGGUGUCAAGACUAAGGCCAAGGCCAUCAUCCGUGUCAGCGACAUGACCUUCCAGUACCCCGGUACCCCCCGCCCCCAGAUCACCGACAUCUCCUUCCAGGUCUCCCUGGGUUCCCGUAUCGCCGUCAUCGGUCCCAACGGUGCCGGAAAAUCCACCCUGGUCAACGUCCUGACCGGUGAGCUGAUCCCCACCGCCGGUGAGGUCUACCAGCACGAGAACAUCCGUAUCGCCUACAUCAAGCAGCACGCUUUCGCUCACAUCGAUAACCACCUCGACAAGACUCCCUCCGAGUACAUCCAGUGGCGUUUCCAGACCGGUGAGGACCGUGAGACCAUGGACCGUGCCAACAAGAUCGUCACCGACGAGGACGAGAAGGCCAUGGACAAGAUCUACAAGAUCGAGGGUACCCCCCGUCGUGUCAUUGGUAUCCACUCCCGUCGUAAGUUCAAGAACAGCUACGAGUACGAAUGUUCCUUCCUGCUCGGUGACAACAUCGGCAUGAAGAGCGAGAAGUGGACUCCCAUGAUGACCUCGGACAACGCCUGGAUUCCCCGUAACGAGAUCAUGCAGUCCCACGCCAAGAUGGUCGCCGAUGUUGACCAGAAGGAGGCUCUGGCCAGCGGUCAGUUCCGUCCCCUGGUCCGCAAGGAAGUCGAGGCCCACUGCGAGCAGUUCGGUCUUGACGCCGAGCUUGUCUCUCACUCCCGCAUGCGCGGUCUCUCCGGUGGUCAGCGUGUCAAGGUCGUUCUCGCCGCCUGCUCGUGGCAGCGCCCCCACGUCAUCGUCCUGGACGAGCCCACCAACUACCUGGACCGUGACUCCCUGGGUGCUCUGUCCAAGGCUAUCAAGACUUUCGAGGGUGGUGUUAUCAUCAUUACUCACUCCCGCGAGUUCACUGAGAACCUGACUGAGGAAGUCUGGGCUGUCGUCGACGGAAAGAUGACUCCCUCCGGCCACAACUGGGUUCAAGGACAAGGAUCUGGACCUCGUUUGACCGAACAGGACGGCCCGAGCGAGGUUGUUGAUGCUAUGGGCAACAAGACUGUCGUCGAGAAGAAGAAGAAGCUUACUUCUGCCGAGCUUCGUAAGAAGAGAAAGGAGCGCAUGCUGAGGAAGAAGCGUGGUGAGGAGGUUUCCGAGGAUGAGGACUUCUAAGCUCGAG